UCUCUCUCUCACGCCAUGGACGAGACCCAAAUCGCCUCCCUCCUAAAAUCCUCCUCCCUCUUCCCAAUCCCACAAAGCCUCAAACUUUCCUACGGAACAGCCGGAUUCCGCGGCGACGCGACGCUCCUACCCUCCACCGUCCACAGAGUCGGCAUCCUCUCCUCCCUCCGCUCCCUCAAACUCAACUCCUCCACCAUCGGCCUCAUGAUCACCGCCUCCCACAACAAACUCUCCGACAACGGCGUCAAAGUCUCCGACCCAUCAGGCGAAAUGCUCUCCCAAGACUGGGAGCCCUUCGCUGAUCAGAUCGCAAACGCUUCUUCCCCUCAAAAGCUCGUGACUUUGAUUAACGACUUUAUGAAAAAAGAAGAGAUUUUGAUCGGAGGAGAGGGAGGAAGGGGAGAGGUUUGGUUAGGGAGGGAUAGUAGACCUAGUGGAGAGUCUUUGAUCAAAGCUGCUGAGAUUGGAGUCUCCUCUGUUUUGGGAUGUGUUGCUGUUGACAAGGGGGUUUUGACUACUCCGGAGUUGCAUUGGAUGGUUAGAGCUAAGAACAAAGGUCUUAAGGAUACUGAGAAGGAUUACUUUGAGAAUUUAACGACGUCGUUUAAGUGUUUGAUUGAUUUGAUCCCAAGUAAUGGUAACAAGAUUAGCAAGUUGGUUUUAGAUGGGGCUAAUGGUGUUGGUGGGGUGAAGAUGGAGGAGUUAAGAGGGUAUUUAAGUAAUUUAGAUAUCGAGAUUCGUAACACAGGGAGAGAUGGUGGUGUGCUUAAUGAAAGUGUAGGUGCUGACUUUGUUCAGAAGGAAAAGGUUUUGCCUUUAGGGUUUGGGGUGAAGGAUGAUGUUGGGGUGAGGUGUGUUAGUUUUGACGGUGAUGCUGAUAGGUUGGUUUAUUUUUACGUUACUUCUGGUGAUAAUAAGAUUGAGUUGUUAGAUGGUGAUAAGAUUCUGUCUUUGUUUGCUCUGUUUAUCAAAGAGCAGCUGAACACUCUUGAAGGGAAGGUGUUGUCUCGUGUUGGUGUUGUGCAGACAGCUUACGCAAACGGUGCGUCUACGGAUUAUUUAAAGGGGUUGGGUUUAGAUGUUGUUUUUGCUAAGACUGGUGUGAAGCAUUUACAUGAGAGAGCAACGGAGUUUGAUGUUGGGAUCUACUUUGAAGCUAAUGGUCACGGGACUAUACUCUUCUCGGAAGGUUUUGUAUCGUUGUUAGUUGAGAAGCAGAAGGAGAUGAGUGAAGGGUCUGAUGAGUAUAAUGCGGUGAGUAGGCUAGUGGCGGUGAGUAAUCUGAUUAACCAAGCGGUUGGUGAUGCUAUAAGUGGGUUGCUAUUGGUUGAAGUGAUUUUGAGACAUAUGGGGUGGUCAGUGCAGAAGUGGAAUGAGUUGUACAAGGAUCUCCCUAGCAGACAGGUUAAGGUUGAAGUUCCUGACAGAACAGCGGUUGUGACCACGAGUGAAGAAACUGAGGCUUUGAAACCUUUGGGGAUUCAGGAGGCUAUUAAUGGUGAGAUUGAGAAGUAUCAGCGUGGUAGAGCUUUCAUAAGGCCAUCAGGUACAGAAGAUGUGGUGAGAGUGUAUGCAGAAGCAUCCACACAAGAAGAUGCUGAUUCUUUGGCUAGUUCUGUGGCUCAGCUCGUCAAAAGCUUUCUUGGUUCAAUCUAAAGGUCCCAUCUGAAUGAGUCUUUGCAAUGCUGAUGGGAGAUCUUUCUUAGCUUUCACAUUGCUCUUGUCUUUCCUGUUCUGUUACUUGAGAGUUGUUUUGUUUCUCUUCUAGCUUUUCUUCUGCCUUAUCUUUUCAAUAAAGUUAUAAAACUGGAAUGUAUUUUCUUCUCUUGAAAUAGUAUAAGUAAGAGAUCGUUUUUAAGGACUCAGUACCGGGUACUACUUAUGUAAGAUCAUAACAAUGGUGUGUACUUGAAAAUGUUGAUGCUUUAGUCUCUGGCUUAAGAAGGGAACUUAGCACA